AGGAAUGGGAUGUCACUUACACUAAGUUCAUAUGCGAGUAAAGGCAGGUGAGCGAAUACUUUUGGCAAUAUAGUGCAUUUAGUUAGCAACUGCACAUUAGCUACAUACAGGGUGUAUAAAAAGAAAAUGCUGGCUAUCAGCAGACAGCCUCUCUCUAAACAAAACAACUGUGACAAAACAGAAGCAAAAUGGAUAGUCCUGACUAUGAUGGCUGUUUUGCCUGUUUUCCUGGCAUAUAGAAUACACCACAAACAGGAAUUGUGUUCUAGAAUGAGAGUGUGCUGUAACAUAUAAGGCAGAUUCUAUAAAUUUUAAAGGCUAAUAUGUAAGUAACAUCAAGCACUUUUGUGAGCCAGAAUGGACUUUACUUAAAAUUUGUAUUGGUAGUGGUGGUAAAAUUUGUAUUGGUAGUGAUUAAAAGAGCCCAUAAUGUAGUUAUAGUGCAAAGAAAAUUCAUUUUUUGAAUUUACAUUCUAUUUUCUAUGUUAUCUCAUAUUGAAAGCUUAGUGUGAAAACAUGCCUAUUUAUAUAGACUGUCUUUGACAGUAGAGUACAAAAGGAAUUUAUAAGUGACUACUGCUAUCCUUGCAUAUGAGCCUUGUUCAGCCCUUUGAGAUGAUUUGAUAUUUCUGAUCAUCUAUUGCUCUUCCCCUCCAAGACCUGCAAAAAGGCUUUCAUAACAAAAAUACCACUUUUGGCUCAUGGCUAGAAAUGGAUGCAAAUUUAAUCAUUACUUUUUGUCUUCCUAGAUUCUUGUUUCAAGGAACAACUUCUGUAGGCUCCUUUGCAAAUCCAUGAAUAUCUAUUUAGAAUUAAGUUGAGCUAAAAAGAACUUACUCAGAGGUGUAUAUAGAAUUAAAAUUCUCAAAUAUGAAUGCUAUAAAUAAUUUUAGAGGUAAUAUUUGAUAUAUGCAAACAUUGUAAUCAAAUCUCCCCCAUCAGAAAGCUGUUAAGAUUUGCUGCCCUUGGCAAGUGUAGUAAUUGAGGAAAGACUUUAAUUAGUUGCAACAAUUAUCAAAAUAUUAAAAACCGUUUUAGACAACUUACAUUGAUAAAUACUGUCCUAUAUAUUGGUAGGGAUAGCUGAGAAAUUGGAUACCAGUACUUUCAGGACAACAAAUCUCUCCACUCAAGAAACAAGGUCAGAUCAUAUUUUCACAGUUUUGAUUAAAUUUUACUUAGAGCUUUGCAGUUAUGUAAAUUAGUGCUGUGAAAUGGCAAGUUAAUUAGUAGAAUGAUAUCUCUAAUUUUGGCUGUUUUGAACAGUUUAAAAUGUAGCUGAAAAUAUUCCCUAUACAGUAUUUACUAUUAGGCACAAAGGAUCAGGACUAUAUGUCAAGCCUAUGGGCUCAAGCCUAUACACAAGAAUCUAAUCAACUAAAGUUCAGUAUUAAAUUUACAUCAGAUAAUAGUCAAUGGAAUUCAAGAGGGAUUGGACAUUGACUGUUGGUGGCAACGUCUUUUCAUGACAUGCUUCAUUCUACCCCUCAGCUCUGUGUUCUCUUCUAUAUUUACAGCUUCAAAGAAUCAUGUAAACAUACAUACAUCCUGUGUCAUCUGAGCAAGCUAAUUGUCAAUAUUUCAUAGACAAGUGGAACAAAUUGAAAUGAGCAGAAAAUUUAGAAUCUGAGAGCUGCUGCCUUUAGAUGAUUCACUUUAUAUUGCCAGAAAUAGUAGUUCCCCUCCAAAAGGUUAAUGGCCCUCUUUAGGAUUUUGUACCAACUGAAUUCAAAAUUAUUCAGCUUUAUAAAAUCCAUUUAAGUACAUAAAUUGACUUCCCUGCUGUCAGAGAUACAAAUUACUUUUUGCACUAAAAGAUGGAAAAAUAAUCUUUUUCAUAUUCUUUAAAACAGUUGGGAUUUUAAUGCAGCAGUGGAACUGUUCAUAGUUUUGGCUUAUCUGUUAUCUGUUAACAGUCAUCUGUUACCAAAGGUGUAAAGAUGGUAUGUUCUUAAAUUACUUACAACAGACUAUGCAAAAUACUUGGGAUAUGUACUAAAUGGACAGGUACCAUAAUACUAUUCCCCAAAUUAUUUAGUGUAUAUGAAAACGAAAUGUUCCUAACAAAAUUAUUUUAAUUUUGCUUGUUAUGAUACAUGUGUUAAACUUUGUACACCUAAAGGACAGCUUUUUAAACCAUUUAAACAAUAAAUCUAUUAUUUUUUAAAAUAUACAUAUUUUGUUUAAAAUUGAAUGAUUAUGGCAAAUAAUAUGUAUUUGACAGAAACCUUUUUCCUUCAUUCAGAUUUUUCCAUCUGGAGUACUAGUAUCAUUUUGUGCCAGCAAGACAAGUUGCAUAAAAAAAGCAAGUUGCAUAAAAAAAGCAAGUUGCAUAAAAAAAUGCAAAUAAAAAGCAAUUUUACAGAUGACAUUUCUUAAAUUCCUAUUGUUGAAUUUCAACAGAAACAAUAUAUAUUUUUAAAAAAUCCCUCUACUCUUUUAGAGUUGAGGAAACAUCAUACUAUGAAUAUCCAGAGGCAUCUUAUUUUAUCUGGAGUAAAACUUUCCAACUUACUAUUCUACAUUCAUAAAAAUUACAUCUGUAAAAUGAUAUUUGGAAAGAAUUCUGUUCUGAUUUACACACAUCUUAUUUGCUGUGUGACUGUAAAAUUGUUAGGAUAUUAGAUCAGUGACAUUAUUUCAAUCUUAUUGCUGAAAAGCAGCAACACCUUUUUUCAGGGAAAUGUUGCACUGACAACAAGAGAACAAAUUUUAAAUUAUUAUUUUUUAAAUGAAUAGGUUGAACAUAAAAUGUUUUAUUUUCUUAAUGUUAUGCUGCCAAAUAUAUUGCUUUGCAACUGCAAAUAAUAAACAAAACAUUUAUCCAUUUAACCUAAAAAUAGUACUCACAAGGCACACUUGUAAAGUUUGACAUGCAAUAUGAAUAUACCUAUUUAUGUUUGUACUGUAUGAUAAACUGUUCAUCCAAAAAUUUAAUUACAUGGAAGAUUGAUUUGUUGAAAUGCAGCUUAUUAAUACUGCUCUUGCAUAUACAUUUUUACAUGUAUAAACACAUAAUAUGCAACUUUAUGUGUGUUUAUAUGUCUGACCUUAAAGCUACUAUAUUUUACUAUGCAGUUAAUAAAGACCGGGGAAGAUUUUUUUCUCUUUUUCAAUAGGUGAAGAGAUCUUGAAGACCAGAAAUUGAAACAUUGUUUUAAUUUAAAAAAAAAAAGUAAAAUUCUUUGGCUGUGGAAGACAAAACAGAAGUUCCUCUUUAAAUGAACUAUUUAUUUUGAAGAGGGAAUUAAGCACUGUUUCCAGCUUCCCUGGCUAUUCAAAUGGACUUACUUUCUCCAAUAGUUUUAAUUCACCCUUUAUCUGAAUUUUGAAUGAGGAUGAGAUUUGUGUCCUUGGCAAUGUGAGGAAGAAAAGUCUUUAUAUCUCGUUGCUAUUUUAUGGAUUGAGUGUUGAUUCGACCUACAGGAGAAAAAUAACUGGAAGUUUUGAAGAUAGUAUCUGCUGAUUAUACCAAGGAUUAUAUUUUAAAGAAGAUAUUGCUAAAUCCAGUAUAGAAGAUUGUGCCAUUUUAAACAUUGUUGUGAUUAACUAUCGCUGAAAAAUAACAAAAUUGUAUUCAGCCAUUUGUUUCUACACCUUAAACUUGAAGGAAAUUAAUUUGAAUAUGUCUAACCAAGGAGAUGAUUGUUACUUCUAUUUCUACUCUACUUGUACCAAGGGGGAUAAUUGUCCUUUUCGUCACUGUGAAGCUGCCCUUGGAAAUGAAACUGUGUGUGUGCUCUGGCAGGAAGGUCGAUGCUUCAGGAGUAUCUGCCGCUUUAGACACAUGGAGAUUGAUAAAAAACGCAGCGAAAUACCGUGCUAUUGGGAGAAUCAGCCAUUGGGCUGUCAGAAAUUGAACUGUGCUUUUCACCACAACAAGGGACGUUUUGUGGAUGGGCUUUUCUUACCUCCAAGCAAGACUGUUCUUCCAAAUGUGCCUGAGUCUCAAGAAGAAGAGAUGAAGACUGCACAACAAAACAAGCUUUCUGUUCAAUCUAACCCAUCACCUCAGUUGCGUGGAGUGAUGAAGGUGGAAAAUUCUGAAAAUGUUCCUAGUCCCACACAUCCACCUGUUGUUAUUAAUGCAGCAGAUGAUGAUGAAGAUGAUGAUGAUCAAUUAUCUGAAGAAGGUGAUGAAUCUAAAAUGCCUGCUCAACAACCAUCUACAGAAAGUCCAAAUGGAUUGCGGGUAAUUUCUACUCGGAAAUCAGUGACUAGUGCAAAUCAAGAUAAAGACAUUCCUUCUGAAAUGAUUGCUCAACCAGGCCCAGAGAAAGAAAAUGCACGGACUGUGGUCAGAACUGUAACUUUAUCUUCGAGGCAAGGUGAAGAGCCUCGGAUUCGAUUAACACUUUCAGAGAGAUUGGGAAAAAGGAAGUCUCCCAUGGUCACUGAGACUGGAAUUCCAUUAAAGCGCAGCCUUGCUGAUAGACUGGGGAAAAAAAUUGAUUCACUUGAAAGUACAGAAAAAACACAAAAAAGAGUUCCCAGGUUUCUUAAAGAAAGACUGGGAUUAGCAUCUGAGCAAAGCAGUAUGGAAACAGAGUCUGCUGCCAAACCAACUAAUGAAAUCUAUGUUAAAACACUUGAAGAAAUUCGCUUGGAGAAAGCUAGCCAAAAAAAGGGAGAAAUUCACCCCAAACCCAAAGUUGAAGUGGCUUGUAUAACAAAUCCCAAUCCAGUGUCAAAACCUCCUUCAGUAUGGAUCAAAACCUUUUCUGAAGUCUUGGCUGAGAAAAAACAAAGGCAAAUGGAAGAGGAGCGAAUAAAAACUGAAAAAGAGGCUGUUUCCAAACCAAAGCAUGAGUGUGAACCUCAGAAAGAAGGCUUUCUGGGUACAGCUGUAUCUAAAAGAAGAAAAAUGGAAGAGUCUUCUGUCAAAACCAAGGACUUUAUGGAAGUUCACAUCAAAACUCUGGAGGAAAUCAAGCAGGAGAAAGCUCUCCGCAUGCAGCAAGAUUUGGAGAGCACAUCAAAGACCCAGAUACAAUCUGAACGGACUAUAACUGGGAGGAGGAUGUUGCAUGUUACAAAGCUGACAGCUCCUGAAAAGGAAGAAAAAACUCUGGUAUUGAGGUCUUCUCCAAGAAUUUCUGUAGGAAACAUUGCUGCAAAGCCUUUGAAUGAUAGUGUGAGUAAUUCACAUUCUAAAGUCUAUGUGAAGAGCUUAGAAGAAAUAAGGAAGGAGAAGCAACGAUUAAAGCAGCAGCAACAAGAGGAAAAAUCCCAGGAACUACAAGUGACUGUGCCUCUUGCUGGGGAAGAAAUAGCAGAAGGAAAAAUGCCAGAAGUGACCACAAAUUCUGAAUCUUCAGUGACUAUGGGGAAAACACGUCCGCUUUCCAAAAGAUUGUUGAUGAGAUCUCAGGAGGGAACAUCAGAAGACCUGAAACUUUGCCCUCAGGCUGUAGAACCAAGAACGAAGGUCAAACCCAAGAUGAAUGUGAAACCAUCUGGAGUGAAACCCAUUUCCCCAGCAAAACAGACACAGAAGCGAAAAAUAUCAGAGAGUCAUCCCACUGUUGCUGCAGUAAAGCCCCUGAAUCCUAUUGCAAGCACAGAAAUGAAAAUGUUUGCUUCUGAAAACACAGCUCUGGGAAGCACCCCAGAUGUUUCAAAGGACAGUAUACCUAAGAGAGUGGAUUAUAACAGCUCUGAACUGUACCUGGAAAACCAGGUAGCCUCCACGUUGCAAGCAGAGGUAGCAAACCCAAGUUCUUCCCGUGCAGCAGUAGCAAAGACCCGCAGACUGAGCUCAACAGGAAGUGGGAAGAUUCAAUCUUCAGUUGAAGAUGACUUUGAUAAGCUGAUUUGGGAAAUCUCAGGAGGCAAAUUGGAAGCAGAGAUUGAUUUAGAUCCUGGAAAAGAUGAGGAUGAGCUCCUGCUUGAACUCUCUGAGAUGAUUGACAGUUGAUUUGCUACACGGCUUCAUUUUGACAGAAAAUAAAAGCUAUAUGUUUUGUUGGAUUACCCUUUCUAGUAGAAGAGUUAUGACAAGUCUUAAAGCUCACUUGAAACUGCUUGAAGAACUUGACUGCAUUUAUCUUGAAUUACCCUGCUGGUCAGAGAUAUGUCCCAACUAUUGCCCAUUUUAAAUAUUUUAAGAAUGAAACCAUGAACAUUUCAUCUACAGAAGAUCCAAGACCUGCCCAUAAUACUACAUAGCAACUCUUUUUCAUCAAUAUAUUUUCUACUGAACUGUCAUACCUGUUUUUCAGUUGUGUGGCUCAUAAUUUCUGUGUAUUUCAGAGCUUCCCUUUGCUUUUGGGGGUUAUUUGCAGUUUUGAGUCACUUCUUGGGUUAUGUAAAUUUUUAAAAAAUUCUAAAAAUGGCAAAACUAUUUAUAAUGCAGAGAAAAGGAGAAUAAACUUGGACCAAGCAUACUACAUGUGGAACUUCUAUCCUUAUACUGUUGAAAAUGAAGCAACAUUUAUAUAGAAGAUGGAAUAGCACAUUUUAUUUUCAUCCCACUCAUCUUGUGCCAUUUUGACUGGUUUAACCUAGCAUAUAGAAAUUCAUGGGGAAAGUUACACCCCUUUUCUAACUUAUUCAUUUGAGAGAUAAUUAAAAACUUGCCCUAAAAAGAUGUUUAAAGUUUAUUUAAAGGUUUUUUUUUACCCUGAACGGAGAGUAUGAUGGCCUGUACUGCUGUCAUUUUAAGCGAACUUUGGGACUGUUGCCCUCUGACAUCUGAAAGAUGUUCUGGCAGACAUCUCUGCCAGAACCUCUGGUUCCUUAACGGAUUUUUUUCCCUAACAUUAUUUUCAUUCACAUAUCUAUGUUGUAUAUUCUGAAUUUUCUCAUGGAUUCAGCUAUGGCCAAAUGAAGAUUUAGGAAUUUUGUGUAUCCUGCAAUUCUUGUAUUUUGUAUAUUUUUUCCAUUCUUAUACUAUUGUUUUUAAUUAGUUUAAUUAUCCCAAUCCUGCCAGUUACAAUUUAUGGUUAAGAAAUAAUGCAGGAUGUGAUUUUUGUGUAUAUUCCUAGCGGGGGGGGGGGGGGGGGGGAGUUGCUUGAUUCUAAUGUAUAAGCAAGGUGGGAGGGAAAAGCUGUGCUUCACCAAUUCAGUUUGAAGUAUUGCCUCUAGGAAAAAAAAGACGCAAAAAUACUGAAAUAUUUUUUAAAAGACCAUCCUGAAUGAAGAGUUUGUCUUCACAUUGCUCCCAAGAAGUUGGAAAUAAUUCUUCAGCAAACUGAAGGGCAAUCAAAUUUUUAGCUGAUUGUAAAGGGAAACUAGCAGGUGUCUGAGACUGAAAGAAUUGUGAAAGAACUG